AUGGGCUUCCCUAAGUGGAGGAUGACAUGUUAUUAUGGGUAUCCACAACGGCAUAGGCGCACUGAAGCGUGGGAUUUCAUUAAAUCACUGGCACCCCAGUCUGAUCUGCCAUGGAUUAUGAUUUGGGAUUUUAAUGAUCUUUUGUUCCACUAUGAGAAGAGAGGCGGAAAUCCACACCCAGAUAGGCUGCUGCGGGGUUUUGGGGAGGCUAUUGAGUACUGCGGCUUAUCUCAGUUGCCAAUGAAUGGGUAUCAGUUUACCUGGGAAAAGGGGAGGGGCACAUCUCGGUGGAUUGAGGAAAAGUUGGAUAAAGUGUUAGCUACCGAUGCGUGGCGUGAUAUUGUCACUAGAGCUAGGGUGACUAAUAUCCUAAUGAGAAGAUCUGAUCAUUCUACCCUCUUUAUGGGAAUACACGAUUCUAUAGGGAGGGGGAGACCACAGAGAAAGUUACGUUUUGAAAUGGCCUGGCUGCACGAUGAGGGGUGCAGGACUGUGGUGGAGGAGUCUUGGGGAGAAGGGAGGAACGGUGGUUUGCAGGAGUGUAUUGUGCAUUGUGGUGACCGUUUAGCUCGCUGGGGGUGA